GCCCCCCGAGCCGCCGCCGCCGCCUCUCGGGCCGCACUCCCGGCGUGCCCCGCACUCGCCGCCGCCCGCACGCCCCUCCUUCUCCUCGCACAGCCACACAGCCGGAGCCCGAGCCGCCGCCGCAGCCUCAGCCGCGGGCACUAUGGCUUCUGGAGUUACAGUGAAUGAUGAAGUCAUCAAAGUUUUUAAUGAUAUGAAAGUAAGGAAAUCUUCUACACAAGAGGAGAUCAAAAAAAGAAAGAAAGCAGUUCUCUUCUGUUUAAGCGAUGACAAAAGACAAAUAAUUGUAGAGGAAGCAAAGCAGAUCUUGGUGGGUGACAUUGGUGAUACUGUAGAGGACCCCUACACAUCUUUUGUGAAGUUGCUACCUCUGAAUGAUUGCCGAUAUGCUUUGUACGAUGCCACAUACGAAACAAAAGAGUCUAAGAAAGAAGACCUAGUAUUUAUAUUCUGGGCUCCUGAAAGUGCACCUUUAAAAAGCAAGAUGAUUUAUGCUAGCUCUAAAGAUGCCAUUAAAAAGAAAUUUACAGGUAUUAAACAUGAGUGGCAAGUAAAUGGCUUGGAUGAUAUAAAGGACCGUUCGACACUUGGAGAGAAAUUGGGAGGCAAUGUAGUAGUUUCACUUGAAGGAAAACCCUUAUAAAAUGACAGUCAAGUGCCAUCUGGAUCUUAAGGAGCUUCCAUUUCUCCAGCUCAGUCAAUUGUAAUAGUUAUUAGGAUUUUUUUUUUCUUCUCUUCCUCUUCCCACUGGGUCCUUCCAACACAAUGAAUGAAGGAAAUAUCAUUCAUGUAAGCAGCCUAUCAGUCAUUGCCAUUAGACUGUUUUAAUACUGUUACUUUUAUGUAGAACCCAAGGAAUGCCUUCCCAUCAUAUUUUAGCCAAAACAACUGGUUAUAUGCCUCCCUUGGAGCAAGCACUACAAUGAAUGUGAUUGUCAAUGUGAAUAGUUUAGAAUACUGCAAAGGGUUAAGCUAAUUGAAUGCCUUGAAAGUAUUAUCCACUGGUGAGAUGGUAAACUUUAUUCAGUAUUAUUUAUAGUUGCACUUGAUUGCAGUUCUGUGAGGCUCAAGCAUUCAUACACCUCACCUGCCUUGGCAAGACUAUUUUUUGUGACAUGGCAGCACGGAUAUAACACUAUGCAUUGAAAGCACUUUUUUUGUAAUGAGUUUAAAACCCCAUCCCAAAAGGAAUGCCAAUUAAGUUGUGUUAACUGUGUCAUCAACUUAUCCUAGUACCUCAGUGUUCAUUCCUGUUACCUGGGUAUCUUCUUAAAAGAAAUAGCUGUUAUUAUUAAUGCCUUUUUGUUUUCCAUUGAGUGUACACUACUGAAUAAGUGUAGGAGUUUUGUUUACCAUGUAAGUCUUGCAACACUAAAGGUAUUUUGAGUAUCAGUCAUGAUGGCAAUUUCUGUAUAAAAGAGCCUUAAAUGGAACAUUGUUUUUGAGAUCAAACUCCCCACCCUCACAAAAAUGGCCACGUUGCAAUAAAAAUUGUGGCAUAUUACAGAA